AUGACAGACUGCAACCCGGUUUCAACGCCAAUGGAACCCGGGUUGAAACUUUCGAAGUAUGAUGGAGGAGAGAGAGUUGAUCCGAGUUACUACCGGAGUCUAGUUGGAAGUCUGAGAUAUUUGACGUGUACGAGGCCGGAUCUGUGUCUGAGUGUUGGAAUCAUAAGUCGAUUUAUGGAAGACCCGGGGUACACUCACUGGAAGGCGGCUAAGAGAAUUCUGAGAUAUGUGAAGGGAACAACCUCACAAGGACUUCAUUACUCGAAGUCGGACAAAUACAAGUUGACGGGUUAUUCGGACAGUGAUUGGUGCGGAGAUGUUGAUGAUAGAAAGAGCACGGCUGGCUAUGUGUUUUUCAUGGGAAACACGGCUUUCACGUGGGUGUCGAAAAAGGAACCCAUUGUGACCCUGUCUACAUGUGAAGCCGAGUAUGUUGCGGCAUCUUGGUGUGUUUGCCAUGUAAUAUGGCUAAGGAAUUUACUAAGCAAGCUGGAGCAAGGGCAAGUCGGCGCAACCGAAAUCCGAGUUGACAACAAGUCUGCGAUCGAGUUAGCAAAGAACCCGAUCAAUCAUGAGAGAAGUAAGCAUAUUGAUGUCAGGUUUCAUUUCAUCCGAGAUCAAGUCAAAGAAGGAAAAGUGGAGCUCACUCACGUUGCAAGCCGGGAUCAAGUUGGAGAUAUUUUUACAAAGCCUCUGCCGACGUUGUUGUUUGAAAAUUGCAAGAAGAAGAUGGGAAUGAAGGAUGGUAGAGAUAUUAAAGUUUAA